UGCAAUUCAGAUUGGGAUGUGUGGCUAUUAGAGAAAAGAGCGGUCCAUGAGACAAAUGCUGAAGUUCAUAGAGAAUUAAACAAGGUCGUCAGUAGGAGGGCAAUAGAACCGAAUGAAGAAAGCUUGCGAAAAAAACAAAAACAAUUGGAUGAACAAGAGGAUGACGAUGAAGAUGUAUAUUCAUCUAACUAUGCAUCAUCUUCCCUUACGAACAAGUCACAAUUGGAUGAACAAGAGGAUGACGAUGAAGAUGUAUAUUCAUCUAAUUAUGCGUCAUCUUCCCUUACGAAUAAAUCUUGUUCACAACAACAAACAUCUAAGCGAGGAAAAACAGGUGAAGAUAUAACUGUGGAGGAACAGGAAAGACGUGAAAAUGGGGUUAGUUUGAGCGAUCAUGAUCAUAAUCUGGUUAAAAAUCUUCUCAACGAACUGCAACAAUGCUCUGAGAAAAUGGCCAGUUUGGUGCGCAGUUUUCAAGUAUACUGUGAUGAUUCCGUUAAUGAAUUAAUUCGGAAUGAAAUUAUGGACCUAACCCCGUCUUCGGAGUUCGUUCUAAGAUAUACAGAUGAGGAUGACUACAUGCAAGUUCUAAAAGAGAUCUUUGAGCCUGUCGAGAAGUUGUUUCCGGAAAGUGCGAUUAAAUUUCUUGAAGAGUUUUUUUCAGAGAACUGUACCCAUCAACAAUGGGAUAACAGGCUGGAAAAUUUAUUGGAACCGGAAGAGGAUCUAUUUUUAAGAAAGUUGAAGAGAUUUUUAUUUGAGACAUUGCCAGCCUUGCAAAAGGCACUGUGGAGGUUUUCGGAUAUUCAUUAUAUACCGGGAAACCAAGCUAUUCGAGCAUCUGCAUAUAGAAAGUCGAUAAUGAAACAAAAAGGGAAUGCAGACCGCUCAGAUGGGAUUGCGUACACCACCACCGAAAAACCGUAUGAAAUUUGUAUAGUAGAAGGUUCCAGACCAUAUGUUGUUGAUCACAUGAAAGAAAUGUCCGAUUAUGUCCAAAAUGCGAGAGCAGGAAAAGAUAUAAUAAACCAUACAGUUGUAUCCGAGGUUAAGUUGAAACGAGCACCGCCUCUACAAUUCAAGUCCUAUAUGGUACAGAGUAUCGGACUAAGUCUUCGAUUUUACUUUAUGGAUUAUUUGGGAAUAUAUCGACUUUUUGAAAUUGAAACAUGUGAAAUUCCAACGGAUCUAGAAGGUGUUGAUUUAUUUCCAUCUUUUUUUAGGGCAGUUGUGACUUGGGCGUUGAUGGUCAGGGGCACUGAUCAAGAAUUCCGAUCAGUGAGAAACAAAAGAAGUGUGCGCUACAGUAAUGCCCACAAUUUACGAGUUCUUUCAAAGAUAAAUCAUAAUCAGCCAUGUAUGAGCAAUACAAAAAUUAUUAAAGAAAAAAAAAUUAUAUAG